CCGACUUCCAGCAGUUCCAUUUCAGAGUACGUGCUGAGGAGUCUAAUUUCUCUCUCUUGUGAAUUCCGUUGAAUAUUGAAACAUAUCUCGUUUAAAUGGGAUUUUGAGUGCACAAAAUGAUUACAAUUUUGUCAGUGAUCUUUUUCGGAGGAACAGUUGCUUUGGCAAAAAGUAACGCCCGACUGUUCAUUACGGCUCCAAAUAUCUUUCAUCUCGGUGUGGAGGAGACAGUAUCAGUUAUCAUUUACGGAAGCGAUAGGCCUGUCAGUGUGACAGUGAUUGCUCAGGAUUUUCUCGAUAAAAAAAGAAACUUGGCAGUCGCAAGUGGAGUUUUCACUAGUGAGGUACCUGGUGUUUUGAAACUAAAGUUGGAUCCAAAAGAUUUUCCAGUGGAUGUUACUGAUGACAAAGAUUUAGCCACUCAUCGCUAUGUCUCCCUUGUUGCCAAAUCUAACGAUAGCGACGUAACCACGAACAAGGAAGCAAAGGUGCUCGUUAGUUUUCUAGAUGGCAUUGUUCUUCUACAGACCGACAAGCCAAUUUACACUCCACAACAAAGUAGCAGUUUGGAGUAUGCUAAAGUUAAAAUACGGAUCAUAUGCCUGGGAUUCGAUCUUAAACCCAAAAAGGAGAAAAAGGUGACAGUUAUUGUUAAGAACCCUCAAGGUGUUGUGGUUCAACGAUGGAAGGAUCUGAGUACAGAAACUGGUUUUAUCAUCAAGAUUUUUGGUCUUAGUGAGUUUGCGUUAGCUGGUCAGUGGACUGUAUUAGCACUUCAUGGACAUGAGAACACUCAAAAUGCCUCAAUAAAGUUUGAAGUAAAAGAAUACGUUCUCCCAAAGUUCUCUGUCGAGAUAUCAGGACCAAAAUAUGUACUUCCUAAUGUGAAAGUCAUUGGCGUUUCCAUUAGAGCCAACCAGAAGUUACAGGAUGGUAAAGCUGACUUCAAUGUCACUACUGACGACAUUAAGACCACUCCUGGUCUUCCGUGGUUCCCGGAUGGUCGGCGACUCCAGAUCGAGGCCGAGGUCAUCGAGAAAACUUCUGGAAAGAAAGAAAGUGCGAUAGACAAUGGAAUUUACUUCGUCAAGUCUCCCUUCAGGAUUGAUCACAAAGCGACCACUGAGUUCUUCAAACCUGCGCUUCCUUUCCUAGUCAAGGUUGAUCUGAAAUACCCGGAUAAAACGCCGGCUCGUGGAAUUCCAAUGUCCAUUUCAGUAACCGGAACUACACAUUCUGGGAGCAAAAUCAACAUCGGGAAGACGGCGAGUAAGAAAGAUAACGUGAAUUUUGAAGACACAUCUGACAAUCAGGGAAGAGCUAAUUUCGUCAUCGACGUACCAGGAAAUGUCAGAAAAAUGAACAUUCGGGUGGGGACAGAGAAAGACGAUUUGGAUCACAAUACUUUUGUUGAGUUUGAUGUUCAUGCCUACAAGUCCCCUUCAAGAACAUUUUUGUAUGUCAGAGCAAUCAGGGAAAAGCAGUAUUUUAAUUGUGAUGUGUUUGUUAACAAGAACGCCUCCAAGAUUACUUUCAUGGUAAUUACGCGCGGUAGGAUACUUCGCCAAUGGGUCAAAGUCCAAAGGGUAGGGGUGAUAUCCAGCUUCCGGUUUAAGAUUCUUCCAGAAAUGUCUCCAUCAUCACGUCUAAUGGUCUUCUUCAUCGGAGAGAACGGUGAAGUUGUUACAGACAGCGUAUUACUUGAAAUUGACGAUGGACUACCAAAUAAGGUUGAGUUCCACGAUGAAUCACCGGGUAAACAAAUUGAUCCAGGUGUUCCUUACAAGAUCCAGUUAUCGGCGACUCCUGGGACGAGAGUCGCACUUUUAGCUGUUGACAAAAGUGUCUACAUCCUGAGAAACCGAGAAAAGCUCAACAAGAAAAAGGUGUUAAAUACCAUGGAGUCCCUCGACCUGGGAUGUGGCGUAGGAUCUGGUAGCGAUAGCCAGGAUGUAUUCUAUAAAAGUGGAACUGUUGUAAUCACAAACACAAACAUUGCAAGCAGAGGACGUUCUGAAUUUUCCUGUCCUCAACCAAAAAGCAAACGGGAAAGGCGGUCAACCACAGAUCUGACUCAGUGCUGUAAAAGAGGUCAGAUACCCACAAGAGCGACCUGUAUGCUACGAGCCAAGUAUUUUUUUGCUAGUGCCAGCAAAGAUUGCAGAGAAGAAUUUCUCCAGUGCUGCUUUAAUUUUACUGGGGAAAAAGACCCUAGAAAGACUGAAGUAAAAGUUCGUGCAAGAUCAUUUAGACAGUCAGACGAUGAAUUUGAAGAUGAAGAAAUCAGUCAGGGGCAAAUAAGACAAUAUUUUCCUGAAACUUGGAUAUUCAUGGACGAUGUUGUUGGCCCAAACGGGAAAUUUCAUCUGGAUACAAACCUACCAGAUACCAUCACCACCUGGGUUGUUCAAGCUGUUGGAAUUUCAAACCAGACAGGGUUAGGAGUUGCUCGUCCAUUGAACAUCCAAGCUUUUAAGAAUUUCUUCGUUUCCCUUCGUCUUCCAUAUUCUGUUCAGCGAGGAGAGCAGAUCUCUGUGAUUGCUACAGUCUUUAACUACGGGGACAUGGAAUUUAGGGUUAAAGUAAAGUUAGAAGAAAGCAAGGAGUUCUGUACCAAUGCUCCCACAGGCCAAAAGUCAGCGGUACUAAACCUGAAUGUAAAGGAAAACGAUGCAGGAUCUGUUACAUUUCCAAUAAUACCCAUCAAACUUGGAAAAGUGUCCAUCAAAGUGAUCGCCACAGCAGAAAUUCUUGAUGAUGGACUAUUUUUGGGUGAAAUAAUCGGCCCGACAGCCUUCGACACGGUGGUUCGCAGCAUUCUUGUAGUGCCAGAAGGAGUUGAACGACGUAUAACUCACUCAUUUCUUCUUGAUCCGCAAGGAGUGUUGCGCGACGAAGCACCAGGCAAAGUCAAUACUUCUGCUCCUUCAACAGGGAUAAAACAUGAUCGAGUUGUCAACAACGGCAUGCAGGUAGACAGUGUGUUUCUCAAAGUUCCUUCCCGGGCAAUUCCAGGAUCCCUAAAAGCUGUUUUGUCACUCACAGGAAACCUCAUUGGUCCGGUGGUGACAACUUUAAUAACCGGUGGCUUGGAAAGCCUUCUUCACAUGCCCAUGGGUUGCGGAGAACAGACUAUGAUAUUCCUGGCGCCCAAUGUUUAUGUAAUGCAAUAUCUGUUAGAAACUAGACAGGUUACCGCUAACAUAGAAUCGAAGGCUUACAGGAUGAUACAAUCAGGAUACCAAAGGGCUCUUAAUUACCGAAGAAAGGACAGGUCUUUCAGUGCAUUUGGAGAGCAUCGUCCUGGUAGCACUUGGUUGACCGCUUUUGUGGCGAGGGUUCUCUGUGCGGCACAAAAGUUCGAUGGUGUCGAAAUCGACCAAGCUCUUAUCUGUGAUUCAAUUAGUUGGCUUCUGGAAAACCAGCGGCAAGAUGGAGCUUUCCCUGAGGUGAAGGAUAUCAUUCACAAAUCCAUGAUGGGUGGUACUCAUGGCGAUGUGGCAAUGACUGCUUUUGUUUCAGUGUCCCUCCUCGAGUGUUCAUGUCAUGGGAAGAAUAAGAGUCACAGGAUUCAGAAUGCUGUGGCUUUCAUGGAAUCAGAGUUGGAUAGCAUAAGUAAAGUUAACACUUUGGCGCUUACCACAUACGCCUUAGCUUUAGCUGGCAGCAGGAAGAGCUCCAAAGCAAACGCAAAAUUACUGCGGAUGCAGACCUACAACAAAGACGAAUCAACUCGUUAUUGGGACGCAGGAAACCAAGCUUUAAACGUGGAAACAACCGCUUAUGCACUGCUGGCUCAGAUGGCCGUUGGAAGACUGAAGUUGGCGGGACCCAUUGUCACGUGGCUUACCAGUCAAAGAGAUCCUCAGGGAGGCUUUGCAUCAACACAGGACACUUGUGUUGCUCUGCAAGCGUUAUCACAGUACAGCGAAAAAACUGCAGGGGCAAGCCUUGAUUUGCGAGUGUCUAUAUCCUCUGAGAAGGAUGCCAGCUGGAAAAGAAAUUAUCAUAUUGAUCCAGACAACGCCCUGAUACUCAGACAGGAGGAGGUCACUCAUUUACUAGGUGGAGAAGUGUUCAUCGACUCGUUAGGAACUGGAGUGGGUCAACUUCAGAUUGAAGUGCGCCACAACGUUCCUUCGCCUAAAAACGAAACUUGCUCGUUUGCUCUGAAGAUUGAAGUAAGAGAGGAAUUUAGAGAGGACAGUGAUAAGGGCGUGCCAAUUGCUGGACGCUCAAGGCAGAGAAGAGAUGACGAUAUAAGAGAAAGAAAAGCCAAGAAAUGCAGAGGAAAUAAGAGGAAGAAAGCGUGCAAAAAGAGGAAGAAGAAUAAAAAACAUCAUAAAAAACCAAAAACAGAGGCCAAACCGCCAGAUACAUUGCACCUCAGGGUCUGUGCAAAAUAUCUGAAGGCCGGUAAAUCUGGAAUGACGAUAAUGGAUAUUGGUAUUUUCUCUGGUUUUACUCCAGAUAAAGAUUCACUUGUCGAGCUUAUGAAAAACGUCCGGCCAACCGCGGAACGCUUUGAAUUUUCUGACAGAUCUGUGAUAUUAUAUGUCAGCGAGAUUUCUAGUAUCGAUGAAUUUUGUGCCACAUUUACUGUGAAAAGAGAGUUUGAUGUGGGAACAGUCCAACCAGUUCCUGUUAAAGUCUAUGAUUAUUACAAACCAGAUGAAUCCUGUACAGAAUUAUAUACACCCUCGACGAGAAGCGCAUUGCUGGGAGGCAUUUGUCAAGAUGGUUAUUGUAAAUGCUCUCAAGAUGACUGCUUGUCUUGUGUCCAGCGUGAAUUCAAAGUUGAGGAGCUAAAGAAAAAAGCGUGCCUCGAAUUUGACUUUGCUUUUAUUGGCGAAGUGAUCCUGUUGGAUGAGGUGGACACGAGAAAGCAGUCCUGGAUCACGUAUGAAAUGAGGAUAGACCAGGUAAUCAAGAAAACUAAAACAAACUUCGCACAAGGAGACUUCAUUGAGUUCAAGAAAAGAGCAGGAUGUGCAUGUCCUAAGCUGGUAGAAAGGAAAAACUAUAUGAUCAUGGCAAACGAAGAUGGACCAUUCUUUGUUUUUGACUCGAAAUCUUUUGUAAUUCCUUGGGAGAAGAGACGAAAAAACAAGAAUAUGUUGGAUGAUCUUCGUGCAAGAAUAGGAUUAGAUCCUAGAUGUACAUUGUAGAACUUAGUUUAUCGUUUUUGUUUUGUACUGUUUUUUAUACAAACUUUUUCAAUGUUCAUUUUUCAAAUGUUAGAAAAGAAGAGAGAAAAUGAAAAAGGGCAAAUUAUAGUUAGCUAAUAAGAUAUCCUUUAAGUUAAAUUACAUUUUUUCAUAUAAUAAAGCAAAACAAUACAAAUAUUAGACUUAAAUAUGCUUGUUUUAGUCGUUUAGUUGUUACAUUUUUGUUUUGCGAGGGAACUGAUCUCGCAAGAGCUCUAAAAGAUAAUCCAUUGACUUGAGGUACUCUAUAAUUUCAUAGGAUGUUCAUGUUAGUUAAACAAGUAAAACAGUUACUGAUGAUCGUGUAUGAAGCCCAAAAACAACGAAAUGGGCUUGUCAAUUGUGAUUAUGCAAAAAAUCGGUCAGUUGGUACUAUGCUUUCACGAGGUCAGAGUCGCGAAAGUCGAAGAAAACGUGCUUACGUGUCAAAGCCAGUUAUUAUAAAUUAUAAUUUUUUUCAAUUUGUCAAAGCUAUUGGCACCUU